GUGUCCGCUUCUCUGGAGCAGCAGAAAACAACCUUUCUCCCUCCUCUAUAUGACAUCCUUUAAUAUAUUUGAACAUGGCUAUCAUAUCACCCCUUAACCUUCUCUUCUCCAGGCUAAACAUACCCAGCUCCCUAAGCCGUUCCUCAUAAGGCAUCGUUUCCAGGCCUUUGACCAUUUUGGUUGCCCUCUUCUGGACACGUUCCAGCUUGUCGGUAUCCUUCUUGAACUGAGGUGCCCAGAACUGAGUCGCCUGUGUUGCAAAAAGGUCUCCAAGGCUUUAUAGCCAUAAUCAUAAAUACAUUAUGCUGCACGAGGGGCUGUGGUGGUGGUCAAGUGAUGCGCUAAACAUCAACGUUUUCAUAGCAACAACCUGCAGUAUAUUGCACAUACACCCCCCCCAACUAACUCCACCCUCAUAACAGCCACUAGAAACUUGGGAAGCAGACUAAGUGGAGAAAGAAACCAGUUCAGUCCAUCAAAGGCCGGGGGGGGAGCAGGUGGGUGUCUCUCCAUCUGCACCCCACCAGGCUCCCAGGCUCCCUACCUUUGCACCCAGAGCCAGGGCUUUGGGGGCAUCUGCGUUGCAGGGGGUUGGGCUAGAGGACCUCUGGGGGAGACCCUGCCAACUCUGCAAUUCCUCUUGGACUUGCAAGAGGCCACUGGUGCAGGGGGAGGGAAGUAGGGGAUAUGCCACCCCCUCACGAUGGGCAGACCUCAAGGAGCUCCUGCCUUUAGAAUCAUAGAACUGUGGAGUAUUAGGGGGACCCCAGGGGUCAUCUAGCCCAACUUGCUGCGACGCAGGAAUCAUGGCUAAAGAAACCCAGAUGGAUGGCCGCCCAACCUCUGUUUAAAAAGGCAGGAGAGUCUGCCACCUUCUGAGGGAGCCCUCUCCACCUUCAAAUGGCUCUUAAUGUUGAGUUUGUCGGUUGAGAAUCCGUCGGUUCGGGUCCCACCCCCAGGAGCAGCAGAAAAAAAGCUUGUUCCAUCUCCCAGGUUCAGCCCCUGACGUCUCCAGGUAGGAUGCAGCAGGUAGGAAAGGAUGCAAAAGACCCUUUCUGCAAGCUAUAGGAACAAUGGAAGCCACCUUCUGCCGGCAGACAGUUGGGUCCAUUGAGCCCAGAGCUGUCUGCACUGACUGGCAGCAUCUCUCCGGGUUUGCAGGCGAGGUUCUUUCCCAGCGCUCCCUGGAAAUCUCCCAGCCCCUCCCUGGAGAGCCCCCCACCAGCCGAAAACAGAGGAGACUUAUCUGGGCAAAGAGUCUUGACUUCCUAUUGGUAGGCAGCUUCCCAAGUCCUGGAGGGUGUUGGAGAGGAAAGGCAGCCAGUUGAGCAGGAAAGUUGGGUCCCUGCAAUUAUUAUUACCUUUUUUUCCCUGCAACGUCUGCAGUUUCAUUUAACCCCUUUCCCCGUUCGGUGUGGAGCUUCUCAACAUUGCGACCGGAUAGGCAAAGUUUAGCAAGUUCGAUCUGUUGAUCUGCACUGAAGUCUGCUCCCCAAGUUUUGGCUGCCGAGCAAAGUGGGGGUGUCAGGAACGCCCUUCAGCAACAGGUCAGCUUCGCGCCUCUGGCCGGAUCCAGCCCUCAGAGGGACCCAGCACCAUGGCGGAAGACGUCGUGAUUCAGGACAUGGUGACGUUCGAGGACGUUGCCGUCUCGUUCUCCCCCGAAGAAUGGGAGGUGCUGGACGACUGGCAGAGGGGGCUGCACUGGGAGGUGAUGAUGGAAAACUACAGAAUGCUCAUAUCUCUGGGAAACGACCUCUACCUCCUUUCCUCGAGUGGAAUGUUCUGGAACACGUCGGACGAAGAAAAUGUCCCCGCCGAGCCGCCGAGAGGCCCUGCGAUGGGGCCGCCGGAGACUUCGCCCCUUCGUAGCCUCGAGCGCCAAACAGAGACGGAGGAAGCCUUCGUGCCAAAGCAGCAACCGCUGCCGAGGGGCGCCAGCCCCGCGGGGAGCCCGUAUCCCUGUCCGCUGUGCGAGCAGUGCUUCCGGGGCAGGAAGGAACUCGACCGGCACCAGAGGAGCAUCCACCUGGGGGACAAACCCCACGGGUGCGAGGAGUGCGGGAAGGCCUUCCGAGACAAGAGCGACCUCCGCGUCCAUCAAAGAAUCCACACGGGGGAGAAGCCCUUCCCCUGCGAGGUCUGCGGCAAAUCCUUCCGGGAGAAGAGCAAGCUCAUCGUGCACCAGAGGAUCCACACGGGCGAGAAGCGCUGCGUUUGCCAGGAGUGCGGGAAAUCCUUCCGGGACAAGCACUACCUUCGGGAUCAUCAGAGGAUCCACGCGGGCGAGAGGCCCUACCACUGCGAGGACUGCGGGAGGAGCUUCCGGACCCGGAGCCACUUCACCCUGCACCAGAGGAUCCACACGGGGGUCAAGCCCUACGUCUGCAACGAGUGCGGGAAGACCUUCGUCCAGAAGAGCAACCUCGUCAGCCACCAGAGGAUCCACACCGGCGAGAAGCCCUUCCCCUGCGAGGAAUGCGGGAAGAUGUUCCGGGACAGGAAGACCCUCCGCUACCACCGCAGGAUCCACAUGGGCGAGAAGCCCUACCCAUGCCAGGAGUGCGGGAAAACCUUCCGGGACAAGAGCAGCCUGACGGUCCAUCAGAACAUCCACUCCGGGGAGAAGCCCUUCAUCUGCUGGGAGUGCGGGAGGAGCUUCCGGGAGAAGAUGUACCUGAAGGACCACCAGAGGAUCCACACCGGGGAAAAGCCCUUCUCUUGCCAGGAGUGCGGGAAGACGUUCAGAGCCAAGAGGACCCUCACGUACCACGAGAGGAUCCACACCGGGGAGAAGCCCUUCCCCUGCCUGGAGUGUGGCAAGACUUUCCGGGGGAAGAGCAGCUUGACGGUCCACCAGAGGAUCCACUCAGGGGAGAAGCCCUUCAUGUGCUGGGUCUGCGGGAGGAGCUUCCGGGAAAAGAUGUACCUCCGGGAACACCAGAAGAUACACCUGGAGGAGAAGCCCUACCCGUGCGGGGAUUGCGAGAAGAGCUUCGUCCACAAGAACCACCUCAUCCGCCACCAGAAAUUCCACGUGGCCUUCUCCAUCCAAUGAAUAUGGGCCAUGCCGUAAGGACAACGCCACAGUACCCUCGCGAGAGGGUGCCGGACUCUUUUGCUGAACAAAUCCAACCGCACGGAGGGUUCCCUCAAAUGCCCCGCUGCGUGUUCUGGGCUCCACGUUCAGAUUCUGUAGAAAGCCGGUGGCAGGGAGUAGCGUUAGGAAUUAGGAAGGAGGGGUGAUUUUUAGCUGCUAAAUAUCGCGCCCCAUAAGCUACGAGGCUCCUCCCUCCAUUUCCGCAGCGACAGUUUUGCCUCGGAAGGGGCUGCAUUUAUUCUACUGUAGUUGUAUCGAGAGUUCUUUGUGUGUGGGAGGCGGGGCUGUGCGUGGGAUUUGCCAAAUGAAUAGUUGAUUGUCAGUUUCGUUUCCCCCUUAUUGUAAACGACCUUGUGGAUUUUUGUUGGCUGAAAGAGGGGGUGUAGAUUUGGGGGUGGGGGGAAUAAACAUACAUCAAGAUGUGUCUGGGAGCCGCAAAAAGAAAUCUAUACACUUUGCUGUACGAAUUGCUCUCAUCCCCUUCCCCCCUAAUGGUUUGUAUUGCAGCUCAAAGGUGCGGAUGAAGACACUUAAUAAUAAUAAUAAUAAUAAUAAUAAUAAUAAUAAUAAUAAUAAUAUAUUAUUUAUACCCCGCCCAUCUGGCCGGGUUCCCCCAGCCACUCUGGGCGGCUUCCAACAAAAUAUUAAAAUACAGAAAUCCAUCAAAUAUUAAAAGCUUCUCUAAACAGGGCUGCCUUGAGAUGCCUUCUAAAGGUCUGGUAGUUGUUGUUCUCUUUGACCUCUGGUGGGAGGGCAUUCCACAGGGCGGGUGCCACUACCGAGAAGGCCCUCUGCGUGGUUCCUGUAACUUGGCUUCUCGUAGCGAGGGAACCGCCAGAAGGCCCUCGGCGCUGGACCUCAGUGUCCGGGCAGAACGAUGGAGGAGACGCUCCUUCAGGUAUACUGGACCGAGGCCGUUUA